UGAUUUUCUGCUAUUGUUUUGCUGAAUGUUACCAGCUGGAAGGGAUUGUUAAGGAUUUUUAUGACUGAUUUGAGAAAAUGCUCUUAGCUUAACAGCGGGAGGUGGGUUGCAAGAGCCUGGCUGCCUGACAAUUGCGAGCAAUUUUGCUUUUUUUAAAGUUUGCUGCCUAAAAAAAAAAAGUUUGCAAACUUUAAAAAAAAAAAAGAUAAACAAAGCUAAAUUUGCAGACAACAGCUUGUUACAAUGGCAGCGACCCUGGCUCUCAGUGGCGUCGGAGCUCCCGCUCUCACUCUUCCCGAACAAACGGUUGCACUCCAGAUCGGCACAUGCAGCCCAGCUGAAAUGUUGGACAGGGUUAGGAAGACGCAGGUGUACAUUCUGUCCGGGGUCUCCAGGCAGGUGGAGAGCGAGCUGAAAGGGUUCAAGAGGUCUGUGCAGAGGCUAAAUGCUAACAUGAGCGAUCAGUCCCCAUUGGUGGGAAUCCAGAGGUGGAAGCGAUCGAUCAAGGCUUGCCUUAUGAGGUGCCAGGGUACCUUGGUCAACUUGGAGAGGUGGGUGAAGAGAGAGAUGAACUCUUGGAGGGGGGUGUUUUCCCGAUUUGAGAAGAUGGCAGGCAAGGAAGAGCCACGCAGAAGGUCCUUUUACGCAGAGAAAAGUGAGAAGGAAAAGGAGGCAGAGGCAGCUCAAAUAGCUCAGGAAGUUCUUGAUAACCCUAAUCCUUAUGCCCCACCAUGCUCUCCCCCUCCCCCAGCUCCCGCACUGCCAUCCCAAUCAUGCCAGCAGCACCAAUGGGUGGUCCUUUCCGUUGACAUCCUCUCCCCCCCUGAGUUUGAUGCCAACAUGUCUGAGGAUCCUCGGGAUUUCCUAGUCAACUUAGAAAAGUAUUUUAAGCGCAGCGGGUGGCAUGAAAAAAUUUGGCUCUCCCAGGUAGACAACCACUUAAAAGGUGCGGCCAAGAAGUGGUGGGAGUACAGGCAUGAGACAAUAGACAGCUGGCAUGACUUCAAAGUGUCCUUCUUGCAAUACUGCGAGCGUUUAGUAGUAAGAGAGGCCAUCAAGAGGGACCUAGACCUUCCACAGAGGCGCUGGGAGCCCCUAGAGCAGUUUGUGUGGAAGAAGAGAGCCCUGUACCACCGGCUCUACGUCGAUGCCAACGAGGAAGACAUGAUCCGUUACAUUAUUAGCACCCUUCACCCAGAGAUCAGGCGUUUCCUCAAGCCCCCCUUCCCCAAGACCAUGGACCAGCUAGUGCAGAUGGGAAAGGAAAUCCAAUUGGACUUUGAGCAGUCCGAGAAGCAAACCCUGAAGGCCGCCUAUUCCGAAGAGCAGAUUAGCACCAAACUUAAUGUCAUGGUGACAAAGGAUCCCUAUGAUAGCAAUGGCGUCUGCACAGAAAAAGCUAGCUACGAGUAGGAAAGUUUAACGGCAACUUUUUGGAUUAAGUUUUGUUGCUCUCUGCUGAGAAACAUCAGCUCUUGAAAUGAUAGAGUGAAGUUUGCUAGAGAACUUUUAAAGGUAAACUUUCUUGGCUUUUGGUUUGAGGUCGUUUUCCUGUGCAAUGCAACAGGUAACAACACGACGGCUAUAGUGUCCAGUAUAGGAAG